GCUACGGGACUAUUUCACAUUGGGACUCGGAAGCAGCAGCACAGCCUUCUCUCCUUCCUCCAUCACCACUUGGGAGCGGAGCAGCCAACAGCGGAGAUGUAUGUGCUCUGAAGCUUCAUCGGCCUUCUUUUUGAGUCCAGGCCUGUGUGGUGCCAGGCGAGAUUAAUGCCCCUUGUGUUGCACGCCUCGGGGCGUCUGGAGGUUUGGGCCUCACUGCCCUCCCCGUAACUCCCGCGGUCACCGGACGGAGGUCACGCUGGUACCUCCCGAACACGGGGGCUCUCCUCUUCAUCUCAUCAAGCAGCUGCCCCCCGCCCCGUCUACGACGCCUUUUUCAAGUUCCAUUUUUAUUCCUCUCUUUAAAAUAGCCGUUCAUUCCAGGUAAAAAAAAAAAUCCUUUUUCAGCCGCCUUUACCCCGGCGGGAUUGGGAUCUUGGCCUUCUGGGAACGGCAGAACCAGCGCCGACCCGACGGGGUCCUCUACAAGCACCCGUCUGGGAGCCUUCUAGUCGUGGACCGCAUCGCUCACACACACUGGCAGGAGAAGUGUGGUGUGUAGGGGAGGGGAGAAGAGCAACAGACCACACCGCCACAAUAAUAAAGGACUUGUGGACCUGGGGUUACUAGAGGGCAACAGCUGAGACUCCACUCCCUGCGAGCGUGUGUGACAGAGGAAGGGAGCGAGAGAGAGAGAGAGAGAGAGAGAGAGAGAGAGGGACGAGGAUCAUGUGGCAGCAGUCAGCUGGGUCCUGUGUUUAAUGCUGAAGAGGAACAGCACCCGCACACAAAAAAACCAACAACAACCCAAACAAACACACUAACCGCCCUCCUCGACGAGACAUCAACACUCCUCUUCUAGCUCUACUGACCUGUGAAGCAGUCUUUGGGGAAAGCUACAUACAUAGAGAUAUAGAUACGUAGACCAUCUAUAUAUAUAGAUGUAGGUAUAGGUUCACCCUGAGCCUGUGUUUGGUCUGGAUUCUGCGCGAGGACCACCAUGGAUCUGAGUGAAGCUGCUUUGUCGGACUGGGAGAUGGUGCUGGAGCUGGACGAGGCCCUGGCCGGCUGGGUCCACCAGGGCCCAGCCAGGGGGGAGUGGGGCUGGGAGUGGGGCUGGGCCGCCUCCGACCUCCAGGACCCCGACUGGGACACGGAGGACCUGCCCGCCGUCCUCAGUCCAACGUACAAGCAGCGCAAUGAGGACUUCAGGAAGCUCUUCAAACAGCUGCCUGACACGGAGAGACUCAUCGUGGACUACUCGUGUGCCCUGCAGCGGGACAUCCUUCUGCAGGGACGCCUCUACCUCUCAGAGAACUGGAUCUGUUUCUAUAGCAACAUCUUCCGCUGGGAAACGCUGCUGACGGUGCGGCUAAAGGACAUCUGUUCUAUGACCAAGGAGAAGACAGCACGCCUCAUUCCCAAUGCAAUCCAGCUCUGCACAGACACUGACAAGCACUUUUUCACCUCAUUUGGAGCAAGGGACCGGACCUACAUGAUGAUGUUCAGACUAUGGCAGAAUGCCCUGCUGGACAAGCCCCUGUGUCCAAAAGAACUCUGGCAUUUUGUCCACCAGUGCUACGGCAACGAGUUGGGCCUGACCAGUGACGACGAAGACUAUGUCCCCCCGGACGAUGACUUCAACACCAUGGGGUUCUGCGAGGAGAUCCCCAACGAGGAGUCGGAGCUCAACAACGACAACUCCUCCAAGAGCAGUGCGGACGCCAGGCCGGACGCCAGCCCCCUGCCCCCGCACAGGAAGCUGCUCCCCAACAGCAGCGUGCUGUCCGGCACCAACGACCCCGGCCUCACGUUUGACCUGCCGGGAGACGAGUUUGCAGACUGCCUGCCUGAGGGGGAGCUCCUGGGGCUGCCGCUGGCGGCGGACAUGAGGGUGGGCCUGGAGGGGGGCCUGCCGGCGGGCCCCGCCCCCUCGCCCUCGCUGGACUUCAACGACAACGACAUCCCCACCGAGCUCAGCGACUCCUCGGAGACGCACGACGAAGGUGAGGUGCAGGCCUUCCACGAGGACCUGCACGGCCGACAGUACAUCAACGAGGUGUACAAGUUCAGCGUGGACAAGCUGUACCACAUCCUGUUCACCGAGUCCCAGUUCAUGAGCGACUUCAUGGAGCAACGCCGCUUCUCCGAGGUGGUGUACCAUCCGUGGAAGAAGGACGAGGCGGGGAACCAGACCCGGGACAUCAUGUACACCAUCUCUCUGUCCAACCCUCUGGCUCCCAAGACGGCCACUGUCACGGAGACGCAGACUCUGUAUAAGGCCAGCCAGGAGAGCGAGUGUUACAUCAUCGACGCGGAAGUCAUCACGCACGACGUCCCCUACCAUGACUACUUCUACACCCUCAACCGCUACAUGAUCACCAGGGUGGCCAAGAACAAGUGCCGGCUGAGGGUGUCGACGGAGCUGUGCUACAGGAAGCAGCCGUGGGGGCUGGUGAAGGGUUUCAUUGAGAAGAACUUCUGGAGCGGCUUGGACGAGAAUUUCCGCCAUCUUGAGAUGAGGCUGUCCAAGGCGGAGGAGGAGCUGCUCAGCGAGUCCCUCCGGCCCUCGCCCAAGGCCAAGGUGGGGAAGGGCGCGGCGGCACGGCGCCGGCAGCGGCCGCUGGUCCACCUGCUGGGCCUGGAUGAGGCGCUCGGCCCCGUGACCACGCCCGCCGCCGCCGACGUCCUCCACCGCAUCAAGCAGGUGGCGGGCUCCACCCAGACGCGGCGCCAGAGCCCCCAGCACCACCACCUCCCCCACCUGCCCCACCUGCUGCCCAGUGGGCUGGCCCUCUACAGCGUCUCCAAGCUGCUGGUCGUUAUCAGCUUCGUGAUCUGUCUCAGCUUGGUUCUGCUGGUGCUUCUCAAUGCCAUGCUGUUCUACAAGCUGUGGAGGCUGGAGUACUCGGCCCAGUCACUGCCCACCUGGCAGGGCCUGCGACUCCAUGAAAGUAAACUGCCUCAGACCCAGGUAGAGUGGGCACAGCUCCUGGAGUCCCAGCAGCACUUCCACGAUGCUGAGCUGCAGAAGUGGAGAGAGAUCAUCAAGUCUUCGGUGGUGCUACUUGACCAGAUGAAGGACUCUCUACUGAACCUGCAGCGAGGCAUCGGGUUAAGGGACUACAGCUCGGAGGCGGAGGAGAAGCGUAGUCGAUACCACUGACGCGCCGCCCCCCUCCCGGCCCCGCCCCCCUCUCGCCCCCCUCGCUAGGCCCCGAGGGCAUGGGUUACCCUGACCCGAUAUAGGACCGGUUCUGUCGGUGGACCAGCACACAGGCCGCGGCAACGGGACAGACAUGGGAAAGGGCGGGACCAGAGGCCGGCCAGGGGUUCCAAUCAGAGACCACCCAGUGGGAGAUGGAGGCUCACAAUUGAGAGCCCCUCCCCUCCCCCUCCUACAGGUCAGAGUUCACAGUCCCCCCCCCAUCCCCAACGCAGGCAUGUGUGGCACAAAGUGGUCUCUCCCCCCCUCCCCAUCAGCACUGCGGCAUUGUGGGAAGGCGCCGGGUUCGGCUGUACACCCGUGACAACACAGUCGUGACGCCUACUUCCUGCUCUGCUCUUCUACUUUUUGUGUGCGUGCGUUGUCGUGGUUUUCUUUUCAUUAAAGAACAUACUGCUGGAAGCCAAUGGCUAUGGGAAAAGAGAGAGAGUGAGAGGGAGAGAGAAGGAAAACUGCUGCAUGCCUAUUGAGCUUUACUUGGCUCCUCCCUCGAUUGAGUGUUACCAUGGCUCAGGGCUAACACAAUAUAAAAUGAGAAGAGCAGAACAAGAGCAGAGCCAGUCAAGGAGAUGAUGGGUCCUUUCAAAAGUAUUAUGGGCUUUCUACAAUCUUUAGACUGUUCCAAACCAAUUCUACCCCUAGAGGUUCUCGCUGCAGUGUCCCUUUUAUUUUAGGGUUUGUUUGUUUUUGUUGGGGGUUUAUUUUUUUCCUUUCAACUCCAGGCCAGUAGAGUGUGCUGCAGAGCCAGGUUUAUUGUCAGAGGGACAGAAAGAUGUACGUUUUAGUAUUGUAGAAGGUAUCUCAGUUCCGCUUAUCAAUCCCUACUGCCUUGUUUGAGCCUGGGCCCCGUACGGUCUAUAUUAAGGGCUGGUUCCCUGUAUAGCCGGGGCCGAGGUGGUUGUGUUCAAAUAUUUAUACUGAGAUCCUUUUAGGUUUCACUUUUAGACUGAAUGUAUUGGCUGCAGAGACGCUUUAUCGGUUUGCAUUGUUUUAUCGUUUUAGUUAGUUUCACAAUCCAAAACAAACUACAGGAACGCUCCUGUUUAGUUGCUGAACGGAUCACUAAACAGGAACUAGGAUUUUUUUAAAUUUUAUUUUAUAAACAAUUCAUACAGAUAUCUUUUCACAAUCAUGUUCUUAGGUCCUAGGUUAUUUUCUAAUAUUUUGACUGAAUCCUGACGUUAGGCCGAGUUGCAUUUCUAUGAUCUGCGCCCGCGUUAGCAGAGCGCCAGCGCCAGACCAAGUGGCUUGAGAUCGCACGCUUGUCUCCGCCGCACCCCUCUUCCCAGAGAAGAGGUCGUAUGCGGACGGCAACAUCUGAAUUCAUCUUGUUAUUAGAUUGGCUGAAAGGGAUAUUACAGCCGGUCAAGCUGGGGAGGGGACCUGUGUUUUAUUACUAAACUGUGAUUAUAUCUCUAUAAUAUGUUGUAAAUUAGAAAGAAUUCUAUGGAUAUAUUUGAAAUAUAUACCUAUAUUUCAUUAUUUAAUAUAUUUCCAAAUAUAUAAACAUGACUUAUAUUUAUUGUUAAUUUAUGUAUAUAGGAAAGCUAUCAAGAGUUCUAGACCAGUUAAAGAAUUUCUAACAUUAAAGUGGUCUCUUUUGAGGUGCAUGCCAGAUAUGUCUGUGACAUGUCUAGUGUGCACGUUUGUCUGUGUAUUUGCUUGAGCGUGCGUGUGUGUCUACCUGUGUGUCUACUUGUGUGUUUGUGUGUGUGCGCGUGUGCGUGUGUAUGUGUGUGUGUGUGUGUGUGUGUUAUAUGUAACAUUUGUAUCAUUCCACACUGGUAUGUCUCUGGAUAAUUCAUUACUGGCACAUGUAGCCAAAUUGCCUUUGGAUGCAGCCUUGCAGUAGCCCUGACCAGGCUAUGGUUUACAGUCAAAGAGUUUUGUUCCAAAAUGGAGAUGUCCUCUAUAUAUCGAAGGGCGCAUCGGAGCAGGCAACUACUGUCGAAACAUUGCUGAUUGCAAAAGAAAGGAAAAAUCACUAUUUGUAAUCGCGCUUUAUGCUUAUAUAAACCUUUAAAAUCAAUAUACCUUCAGGUACUUCUUUUGCUUUUAGCACUAAAAAUGGCUACGCUGCAUUUUGGAAAUAAACUCUUCAAUCAGC